AGCAUUUCCUCACAAAUGACAAUGAGCUUCAGUUUCUGCUCACUCAACUCAGAAUAAGAUUUUAAUAGAAAGUUGAGAAUAAAACUAUGAAAAAACGAGAAGAAAAGGAAACAAGAUAAUCAGAUGACAUGGUACAGAAGAUACUGAAUUGCUGGAUUAAAAUAGAAGAUACUGAAUUGCCAGAUUAAAAUAGAAGAUACUGAAUUGCUGAAUAAAAUUGCAUUGUUUACCAAGACCAAAGGGGAUAGUGUAGGUAAAAUUAAAGAAGUAUACCGUGGAAGAAGCAAGCAGGCAGACACAUGAAGAGGAGACCAUUGGUGAUUGCAUGAUGGCAGGGACAGCAGAAAAAAAAUGAAAUGCCAUGCAGAUGGAUAACAUGCAUUUUGCAGGAUUUAUGAGUAUCUCACAUGUCUUAUGCCUAAUAGGAAUUUAUUGACUGAAAAUGGCAGAAAGAAUCUUAGAGAAGUUAGAUAUUCUGGAUAAGCAGGAAAAGAUAAUCUUGGCUGGAAGAGAAAAGAAAAACGGGCUUCAGAGUCAAGUAAAGAAAAAGACUUUGGUUACACCACUGACAUUUGACUUGCAGUUGGAAUUUGAAGAGGCUAUUGCUCCAUCUACAUCUCAGAAAGUAUCCAGGAUCACAGAAGACAAGUCAUGUGGUAUUAAAAAACCAAAAAGAUAUAUCACCUUUAAAAAUGAACCUGAACCUACAAAGAAUGAUUUUAUGCCACACUUUGUACCAACAAAUACAAAAAAUAAAGAAAGGAAGUCAAUAGCUCAACCCAGAACAAAACCUAGCGAAUUGGCUGAUUUGGUUGGUCACUUAGAAGAUUCUGUCAACAAAAGAAGAAAAUCUCCCCCACAGAUGGAUGAUUUUAGCACAAAAGAAAACAAAACCAUCAGAAAUGAUCAAUUAAGUGAAUAUUGUUCAGUAAGUAAGAAAAGCUUGCUCCCUUUGUGCUUUGAGGAUGAACUUAAAAAACCAAAUGCCAAGAUAAUCAACAUUAGUCCAGCAAAGACAGUAACUUCCCACAUGGAACAAAAUGACACAAAUCCCAUAAUUUUCCAUGAAACUGGAUAUGUACAAAUGUUACUUUUGACAAAAAAUAAGCUUCCUCUCCAUAGUAUGAAAGAUGAAAACAUUUACCCACAUAAAAGAGAAGAUUUUGUCUUAGAAAGAAAUUGUGAAAUCCUCAAAUCUUUAAUUAGGGAUCAAUUUAUUAUUCCUUCCAAACCUAAAAGAAUUCUGCCUACAGCAUGGAAAAGAGAUAUACAAGCAAUAUCUUUUGAAGUGGGCCAUAGAGUUGUAGAGAGUAAACAAAGGAAGAAAACUAGUAAGAAGACAUUUGAAAACGUAUCCUGGAGUAAACUCUAUAAUUCCUCACAGACGUUUUCCAGCCUAACAAAAACUGUUACUCAAGAUAUGAGUGCUAGACUUGGCAACUUUGAAAGAAUGUUUUCUACAGUAAUACCAAUUAGCAAAUUCAGUACCUUACCUGUCAAAUAUUGUUCAAAGCCUUUAAAAAAUACACUCAAAGUCCAUAAGUUAAAUAAUGUAACACCCUUGGAUGAUUUGUUAAACUAGUCAAGUGAAAAUUAGACCCCUCAAAAAAUAUUGUUUACACAGCAAUAUUCAGGUAACAAAAAGGAAAUAGUGAAGUUCCAAGAUCAUAGAAGAAACUGUUACCUAAAUAAUGUCCUAAUGGAUGGCAUAAGAAAGCAAAGCAUAGAAAUUGGAAUUAUAAAUCAACAGUCAUCUAUUCAAGAAAAGCCAAUAUUUUUAGUAAGUGAAAAGACAAAAUUAGGAAAUAAUUGUCACCAAGAGGGACUAAUUCAUGAAUUUUUAUGAUCUCAAUUAGAUUCUUCAAUCAUCAGCAUUUCUAUCGUAAAGUCUGAUUUGGGACCAGGAAUGGCAUACACCGUCUCUGGAAAUUUGCUGUUGGAAGCCAAACAACAUCAAUAACCUUGCUCAAUAAUUGAAUAUCAAGUAAGACAAAUGUACCAUUAACUUGACGCAUGUGGAAUUAUAUGAUUAUAUAUCAGCA